CCUCAUCCAUCCAUUACUACCUCUUGACCCUAAAUUGUUGAUUUAAUUCUGCAUCCUGCCUAAUGGAUGCGUAGAAAUGAUUCCAUUCGGUUGUCCUUUCGUUUUAUGAGGAGCGGGCGAGAGACUGGGAAUAAAAGUGCCAGGGAAUCAGCGGUAGUCGGUGGCGAAGGAGCUGAGAGGAUUUUCAGUUGCUCUGUGAAUCUGUGACAGAAUGGGUUUCAAGCCUUUGGAUUGGUACUGCAGGCCUGUGGCCAACGGUGUGUGGACGAAGGACUUGGAGAACGCCUUUGGUGCUUACACUCCAUGUGGUGUUGACACCUUGGUGUUGUGUAUCUCCCAUUUGGCGAUGAUGGGCGUAUGCAUCGGCAGGGUUUGGAGGCUGAGCAAGGACAGGAGCUUGAAGAGGUAUCGACUGAGGUCCCCGUACUACAAUUAUACGCUGAGCGCUUUGGCUGCUUAUGCUGCUGCUGAGCCUCUCUACAGAUUGGUCAUGGGCUUGUCCAUCAUGAAUCUUGACGGACAGACAUCUUUUGCUCCUUUUGAGGUGGUUUCCCUGCUUGUUGAGGCUUUUUCUUGGUGCUGUAUGCUGGCUAUGCUUGUUAUUGAAACCAAAAUCUACAUUUGUGAGCUUCGCUGGUAUGUUCGCUUCGGGGUUCUCUAUGUGUUGGUCGGAGAUGUUGUGAUGUUCAACCUUCUUGUUCCACUCAGAGGAUAUGUUAGCAACCUUGCAUUCUCCUUGUACUGCAGUGAAGUUGUAUGCCAGCUACUAUAUGGGAUUUUAUUGCUUGUAUAUGUCCCAAAUUUGGACCCAUACUUGGGCUAUGCUGUGGUUCAGUCGGAGGUUCCUACUUCAACAGAAUAUGAAGAACUGCCGGGAGGCGAACAGAUCUGCCCAGAAAGACAUGUUAAUAUAAUCUCCAAAAUAUAUUUCAGAUGGAUGUCUCCUCUCAUGCAACUGGGCUAUAAAAAGCCCAUCACUGAGAAGGAUGUUUGGAAACUGGAUUCAUGGGAUCAAACUGAGGUGUUAUAUAACAAUUUCCAUCGGUCUUGGCUUGAAGAAACAGUUACACCAAAACCGUGGUUGUUGAGGGCACUGCAUCGUUGUCUUGGUGCAAGAUUUUGGUUGGGAGGGGUUUUCAAGAUUGGUAAUGAUGCUUCACAGUUUGUAGGCCCCAUUAUUUUGAGCUCACUUCUGGAGUCUAUGCAAAGAGGAGAUCCUGCUUGGGUUGGAUAUGUCUAUGCCUUCACAAUUUUCAUGGGAGUGUCACUAGGCGUUCUGUCUGAAGCACAGUAUUUCCAGAAUGUCAUGCGAACAGGUUUCCGUCUUAGGUCAACUUUGGUAGCUGCUGUUUUUCGUAAAUCAUUGAGACUUACACAUGAAGAACGUAAGAAAUACUCCACUGGAAAAAUAACCAACUUGAUGACAACAGAUGCUGAAGCCCUACAGAUGGUAUGCCAGCAGCUUCACAGCUUAUGGUCGGCUCCAUUCCGGAUCAUCCUUUCAGUGGUUCUUCUGUACAGGCAGCUAGGUGUUGCUUCACUUGCUGGUGCACUAAUGCUAGUUUUGCUGUUUCCUGUACAGACAUAUGUGAUUAAGAAAAUGAGGGACUUGACUAAGGAGGGACUGCAACGCACUGACAAGCGAAUUGGCCUUAUGAAUGAAAUCUUAGCUGCUAUGGAUACUGUAAAAUGCUAUGCAUGGGAGAAAAGUUUCCAAGACAAGGUGCAAGGUGUUCGCAAUGAUGAACUAUCAUGGUUUCGGAAGUCGCAACUAUUAGCAGCGUGCAACAGUUUUAUCUUAAACAGCAUUCCAGUUGUGGUGACUGUAGUUUCAUUUGGAAUGUACACGCUGUUAGGAGGGGAACUGACACCUUCAAAGGCUUUCACAUCUCUCUCCCUAUUUGCUGUCUUGCGUUUUCCUCUGUUUAUGCUUCCCAAUUUGAUAACUCAGGUUGUAAAUUGUAACGUGUCAUUGAAACGACUGGAGGAGCUUUUUCUUGCUGAAGAAAGAAUUCUCUUACCAAAUCCUCCUCUUGAGCCAGGGCUUCCUGCCAUCUCAAUCAAGAAUGGUUACUUUUCAUGGGAUACAAAGAUGGAUAAGCCCACACUGUCCAACAUCAAUUUAGAGAUUCCAGUUGGUAGCCUUGUUGCUGUGGUUGGAAGUACUGGUCAAGGGAAAACGUCUCUGGUAUCAGCAAUGCUUGGGGAGAUACCUUCUAUGUCAACUACGAAUGUUGUUAUAAGGGGAACUGUUGCUUUUGUUCCACAAGUCUCCUGGAUAUUCAAUGCAACAGUUCGUGAUAAUAUCUUGUUUGGAUCUACUUUCCAAGCUGAACGGUAUCACAAAGCGAUUGAAGUUACUGCAUUAGAGCAUGACCUGCAGUUGCUACCUGGGGGUGACCUUACUGAAAUUGGAGAAAGAGGAGUUAAUAUUAGCGGUGGACAGAAGCAAAGAGUUUCGAUGGCAAGGGCUGUAUAUUCCAAUUCAGAUGUAUAUAUAUUUGAUGACCCACUAAGCGCGUUAGAUGCUCAUGUUGGGCGCCAGGUUUUUGAUAAAUGUAUCAAGAAUGAACUGGAAGGAAAAACCAGAGUCCUAGUUACCAAUCAGCUCCAUUUUCUCCCUUAUGUGGACAGAAUUGUUCUUGUUCAUGAAGGCACUGUCAAGGAGGAAGGAUCCUUUGAAGAGCUAACUAACAAUAGUGUCUUAUUCCAAAAGCUAAUGGAAAAUGCUGGGAAAAUGGAAGAUACCAUGGAAGAGAAAGUGGAAAACACUGAUAGCGGUCAAAUGCUUCAGAAUCCUACUUCAAAUGGGGAACCAGAUAAGGAAUCAAAGGUACAAGGUGGUUUCCUAAAAGUAAAUAAACCUGCUAAGGAGGAAGGGAAAUCUGUUCUUAUCAAGCAAGAGGAGCGUGAAACAGGAGUUGUCGGUUGGAAUGUCCUCAUGAGGUAUGCGAGUGCAUUGGGGGGGUGGGGGGUGGUUAUGACCAUUUUUACUUGUUAUAUCUCAAUUGAGGUCCUCCGAGUUUCUAGCAGCACAUGGUUGAGUUUGUGGACCAAUCAAAGCUCCCCAAAGAGGCAUGAUCCAGGAUUUUACAAUAUGAUAUAUGCUUUUCUAUCUUUUGGUCAGGUGCUGGUAACCUUGAUCAAUUCGUAUUCGUUGAUUAUUUCCAGUCUUUUUGCUGCCAAGAGGCUUCAUGAUGCUAUGUUGAAUUCCAUACUAAGAGCUCCUAUGGUGUUCUUCCACACGAAUCCAAUUGGUCGGAUUAUUAACAGGUUUGCAAAGGACUUAGCAGAUAUAGACCGAAAUAUUGCUUUCUUUGUCAACAUGUUCUUGGGCCAGAUAUUCCAGCUCCUAUCGACAUUUGUUCUUAUCGGAAUCGUUAGCACCAUAUCAUUAUGGGCUAUCAUGCCACUUCUGAUCCUGUUCUAUUCAGCUUAUUUAUACUACCAGAGCACUGCACGUGAAGUAAAGCGUCUGGACUCCAUAACCAGAUCUCCUGUCUAUGCUCAAUUUGGAGAAGCAUUGAAUGGCUUGUCGACAAUACGUGCAUACAAGGCAUAUGACAGGAUGGCUAAGAUAAAUGGGAAAUCGAUGGACAACAAUGUGAGAUUUACACUUGUUAACAUGAGUGCAAACAGAUGGGUUUCAAUUCGGUUGGAAACAUUGGGAGGACUUAUGAUAUGGUUAACUGCAACUUUUGCAGUCAUGCAAAACCAACGUGCAAGCAAUCAGCAGGCAUUUGCAUCAAGCAUGGGUCUGCUUCUUACUUAUGCUUUAAACAUAACAAGCUUGUUAACAUCAGUUCUGAGAUUGGCGAGUAUGGCAGAGAACAGUUUAAAUGCUGUUGAGAGGGUUGGAACAUAUAUAGACUUGCCUUCAGAAGCUCCUUCUGUUGUUGAAAGCAACCGUCCUCCACCUGGCUGGCCUGCAUUAGGAACUAUAAAGUUUGAGGAUGUUGUCCUGAGAUACAGACCUGAGCUUCCACCUGUUUUGCAUGGCUUAUCAUUUACAGUUCUACAGAGUGAGAAAGUCGGAAUUGUUGGAAGAACUGGAGCAGGAAAAUCUAGCAUGCUAAAUGCUCUAUUUCGUAUUGUAGAGCUGGAGCAAGGGAGAAUCUAUAUUGAUGACUAUGAUGUUGCUAAAUUUGGCCUGGAAGACCUAAGGAAGACCCUUGGAAUAAUACCCCAGUCGCCUGUUCUUUUCUCAGGAACGGUUAGGUUCAACCUUGACCCUUUUAAUGAGCACAAUGAUGCUGAUCUUUGGGAGUCCUUAGAGAGAGCACACUUGAAGGAUGUAAUCAGAAGAAACCCUUUGGGCCUUGAUGCUGAGGUUUCUGAGGCGGGGGAAAACUUUAGCGUGGGCCAAAGGCAAUUGCUUAGUCUUGCACGAGCGCUGCUGAGAAGAUCAAAGAUUCUUGUUCUUGAUGAGGCAACAGCAGCAGUUGAUGUUGGAACUGAUGCUUUGAUUCAGAAAACUAUCAGGGAAGAAUUUAGAUCUUGCACAAUGCUCAUCAUUGCACAUCGUUUGAAUACGAUUAUUGACUGUGAUCGUGUUCUUCUGCUUAAUGCUGGCCAGGUUUUGGAGUUUGACACACCUGAGAAUCUUUUAUCUAAUGAAAACAGUGCCUUUUCCAAGAUGGUUCAAAGCACUGGAGCUGCAAAUGCACAAUAUUUGAAGAGUAUUGUUUUGGGUGAUCCUGAAAAUAGAUCAGGAGGUACCAAGCAAUUGGAUAAGAAGAGAAGAUGGAUGGCCUCUUCACGUUGGGCAGCUGCUGCACAAUAUGCUCUUUCUAUCAGCCUCACUUCUUCACAUAAUGAUCUCCAACAGAUGCUGGAGAUUGAGGAAGAAGAUAGCAUCGUCAGGAGGACCAGGGAUGCUGUAAUUACUUUGCAACGUGUUCUGCAAGGGAAGCAUGAUAGUGACAUCGAGGAGACAUUAAACCAAUAUCAGGUCCCAAGAGAUAGAUGGUGGUCCACAUUAUACAAAGUAGUUGAAGGUUUGGCAGUGAUGAGUCGCUUGUCUCGAAGCCGGGUUCUGCAGCCUGAUGAUUUUGACGACCAAAACAUCAAUUGGGAUCAUCUUGAGAUGUGACGAAGUACCAAACAAUUGUCCUUUUAGUUUUCAUCAGUUAAGCCAAAGGCCUAGAUGCGCUGUUGGAAGAGCAUCUGGUAUGCGGCCACAUAUAAAUUUCAAGUUGGUUUACGGUUGAAAUGAUGAUGGUGAACGGGUGUUGAUAUCAUUAUUAGUGUCAUUGAAAGAGAAUAGGCAUAGAAAUUCCAUUUAUACAGUUACCUUCUAAUCAGCAUUCAGGUGCCAUGUAUGAGGGCUUUUUCGUGAACCUUUGCAUUUAUCAGAUAUCAUCAAUCCAUAUGCAGACAGAUAUCUUUUAUUGUAGGGAAAGAAAAAAAAGGGGUCACUUUGAUCUUGUGGACAAUUGGAUGUUGGCGCUUUGUGGCAAAAUUUUUCUUCGGUAGUGAAGAAGUCCAGCCUAAACUUUAAGCUGGCGGGUCAUGUCCUUUAUAUUA